CAGCGUCUUUAAUUUACACCCACAAAUCAAAAAGCCAAGAAAGUGAAGAAAAUAAGAAACAAAAAACAAAUACAAAGAGUGUGAGAAAAAGAAUGGGUGAAACCACAAAGAUAACGAAGAGAAGAAAAGGCCCAAUCCAUGAAGGAAGAAGUUGAACGGCAAAAACAUUGGGGGAAAAAUGCACUCAAGUCGGGAUAGAAAAGGCUCAGAUACCUGCUUCCAUGGCUGCAUUCCAACUCCUUUUCUCAGUUUGCUUGCAGCCCGCGAUGCAACAUCGAAGCCCUCUAGCAGCGCUGCCAGCUACCAGCAUGAAUUUGCCAGUGCCACUGCUUCCACUCUCUUCCCAAAUGCCCAAUUCACCAACCACGAAUCCUUAAUUUCGUUGUCUGAAUCAUUUUCUAACUUCAUCAAAGCAUACCCACAAUACUCCAAAACUGAUCAGGCUGACCGGAUCCGCGGCCAAGAAUACUACCAUCUCUCCCUCUCCAGACAUGUCUGUCUUGAUUACAUUGGACAUGGCCUCUUCUCCUACUCCCAGCAACAAAUUCAUCACCCAAAUGUUUUUGUUGCUUCCACAUCUGCUCCUCCCACAUCAUUGAAUUCUAAAGCAUCAAAGCAAACGUUCUUCGAAAUUUCCUACAAGUCAGUGAGUCUACAUUCUCAGGUACUGUACGGUGGCCAAGAAUCAGAAUUGGAAUCCAAAAUCCGGAAAAGAAUCAUGAGUUUUUUUAACAUCACAGAAGCUGAUUACACCAUGGUUUUUACAACCAACCAGGCAUCUGCCUUUAAACUUCUGGCAGAGUCUUAUCCAUUCCAUUCGAACCAAAAUCUUCUGACAGUCUAUGAUCAUGAGAGUGAAGCCGAGGGUGUGAUGAUUGAUACCUCCAAGAAGAGAGGCGCUCGAGUCAUGUCAGCCCAGUUCUCAUGGCCCAGUCUGAGGAUCCAUUCAGGAAAAUUGAUGAAGAUGGUAGCGAGUAGGAGGAAGAGAAAGAGGGGGCUAUUUGUUUUCCCACUUCAAUCAAGGAUGACUGGAGCGCGGUAUUCUUACCUAUGGAUGAGCAUUGCACAACAAAAUGGGUGGCAUGUCUGUCUUGAUGCAUGUGCAUUGAGACCCAGGGACAUGGACACCCUAGGCUUUUCGCUCAUUCAGCCAGACUUUCUCAUUUGCACUUUUUUUAGGGUUUUUGGAGACGAUCCAUCUGGGUUUGGCUGCCUGUUUGUCAAGAAGUCAAGUGCCUCGGUUUUAAAGGAUUCAACCCUUGUCACAAGCAUCGGAAUUGUGAGUCUUAAUCCAACUACAGGUACAUCUCAGUUUAGUGAAGAGUCAGCCAUUAAUAGCAUAAAAACUGAUGAGCAAAUGUCAAAAUUUGUGUCUAGGGAAGAUGACCCAGCCACAGCAAGCUCUGUCUCUGGCUCUCCAUCUGCCCUGAAGAUGGACAAUGAAAUUUCUGAAUUGUAUGAAAUCAAAGAAGCAAGCGCAAAACAGAAGGAAGCAUCAUCUUCAGAAAUUGUCGAAUUAGAGACGCCCUUCGUUUCUGCACAAUUCAAAGACAAAGACGGCGGUGUUAGUGGGAGGCCAUACAUUGAAUGUAGAGGACUGGAUCAUGCAGAUUCCUUGGGCCUGAUACUGAUUAGUAGCAGAGUAAGGUACCUCACUAAUUGGCUAGUUAAUGCAUUAACGAGUCUCCGGCAUCCACAUUCAGAAAAUGGGCUUCCCCUAGUCAAAAUUUAUGGCCCAAAGAUAAAGCUUGACAGGGGGCCUGCUAUUGCAUUCAACUUGUUUGAUUGGGAAGGGGAAAAGGUUGAUCCCAGUCUUGUACAGAAGCUAGCUGAUAGAAACAAUAUAUCACUUAGUUAUGGAUUCUUACAGCACAUUUGGUUCUCUGAUAAGCGUGAAGAAGAGAGGGAGAGGAUAGCAGAAACAAGGACAGCAGAAGUACGGGGAACAGUGUUAAAUAAGAAAGCAGUUAAACUCGAUUCAAGGAUAUCCGUGGUUACAGCUUCACUAGGAUUCCUGACUAACUUUGAAGACACUUACAGACUUUGGGCAUUUGUUUCACAGUUUCUGGAUGCGGACUUUCUGGAGAAAGAGAGAUGGAGAUAUACAGCACUUAAUCAGAAGACAAUUGAAGUCUAAAACGAACCUAUUCUUUCAUUUUUAUUUUUAUUUUCACAUAAUGAUAGAAUUAAAUGUUUUGCAGCAGUUUAUUAUCUUGAGUAAAUAUAUUCAGUUUUCCGCGCAAAAAAAUGCAUACAAAAUAGUGGAGAUCAUAGCAGAAAAGAGUUUUUAUUUGAA